GGCUCGGCUCGAGCCGUGCCACUUGCAGCUCAACAGGUUGCAUGCUUGGACUUGCACCUGUCCGGCGAUGGAUCUCAGAGCGCCCGGGCUUUUCUGCAGCUCAUGUGGGAGCCGUGGCUGAGCGGCCUGAGCGUUGGGAUGUAACCUCAGAGGAAGUGGUAGAUCAGCUGCCGUGCGGAGUCGUGAUGGGGCUUCACCGGGGUCCGCGGCUCUUGGACUUCACGAAGACGCCGCCGCACCUGCAGUUCAACAAGUACGUCCUGACGGGAUACCGGCCCGUUUCAACCACAACGGACUGCCUCAGGAGCCUCUUCUACAUGCACAACGAGCUGGGGAACAUCUACAGUCAUGGCAUCCCCUUCCUGCUGUUCCUGGUGCUGCUGCCUUACAGUAUCCCCUGGAUGGAGGUGGACAGCACCUGGAUCUGUGUCGCCCACUACCUGGCCUGCCUCUGCCCCACCAUUGGCUCAGUGCUCUACCAUGUGUUCAUGAACCACAUCGGCGGUGAGCAUGUGUACGACACUCUGCUCUCCCUGGACAUGGUUGGGGUCUGCCUGGUUAACACUCUGGGAGCUCUUCCCAUCAUUUACAUCACCCUCCUGUGCCACCCGGCCGUCCAGCAGGCCACCAUGUUGGCCUACAUCCUCCUGUCGGCCUACGGGAUCUACUGCGCCACCACGGCCCACACAAACUUCCUGCGCCUGCGGGCGUUCAUCUGGCAGGCCUUGUUCCGCGUCAGCCUCUUCCUGUUCCGGGUUUACGGCAGCGGCGUGGGCAGCCCCGACUCGCUGCGGCUCUUCGUCAUCAUGGACGCCCUGGCCGUGCUGGGCGGCCUGGUCAACGUGAUCCAGAUCCCCGAGCGCUUCAGCCCCGGCCUGUUUGACAACUGGGGGAACAGCCACCAGAUCAUGCACGUCAUGGUGGUCUGCUCCAUCGUCUACCUGCACUGGGGAACCAUGGCGGACUUGGCCUGGAUCAAGACCUUCCAGUGUCCCGCUGGGUGAAGCUCUGGAUGCUUGAGGAUAUUUUCACACCUGAUGGUCCGGUAGAUUUGGUUGGAUUGGGGACAAAAAUGGCAACAUUUGUUACAUUUUCAGCUGCUGCAGUUUGCUUUCUACAGAACCCAAGAGCGGAUGUUUUCCGCAUAUACCUUUUCCCAAUGGUUUUCUCAAGAUAACUACAGUAUUUUUCAGACUAUAAGCCGCUACUUUUUCCACGCUUUGAACCAUGUGGCUUACAGCUCUGUGAGGCAUUUCUUUGGAUUUUUCUUCAACCACCAGGGGGCGCUUUAGCAGGAAGUGAAUCAAUGGAAAUCAAAAUUGGAAAUCAAGGAAGAAAUCCCUCAUUUUCAUUUAAAACAAGCACAUGCUAGCAGCAGGCACAAUGGAGAAAUCUUUUCAAACUCAUACACCCUCAUCAUGGAAACAACACGAAGAAGUUCAUAUGAUGCCAUUUUUAAGUUGAGGGAUGUCGAUCUGGCAGUACAGGAGGGAAAUAGAGCCGCUGCACGCAAGUUCGGCGUGAACGAAUCCAUGGUUGGAGACGCAGAGCUGCUUCCUUAAUAGCAGACUUAUUAAGGAUGCAGCGACGGAAAACUGAGAGCAGCGGCUAAUAUAUGUACAUUUCCAGUUUAUUUUUUUUUUUUUAAACUGUGGAUGCGGCUUAUAGUCUGGAAAAUACAGUAGUUAAUUUCUCCUUUAUUUUCUGUAGGAAACCAGUUGAUUUUUCCAGUGGUUUUCUGGAGAUGAGUUCAUUUCUUGAUAUAGUCAUUUAAUUUCCAAAUAGUUUUCUCAAGAUAACGAGCUAAACAUUGUUUUCGAACAAACUUGUUCAAGCCACAGUGGCAUGAAGCAUGGAAUCAGGUUGAACAAACACAUCAUCUCGUGAUCUAAAGAAAACAAACUUUUCCAGCUUAACUCGUUAUUUGGAUAAAAAACCAUCUCAAAACGUGCAUGCAGAAAAUGUCCGCUCUUGGCUUCCGUAGGUUUCACUCUGCGCCACGUCAGACAAACCAAAGCCUUUGAAGAACCUGUUCCCCUCCUCGCCUGAGGUGGCGCUGCACCAAAAGCCACUGAAGAAAACGACCUGAAGAGACCUCCUCCUUACCAAAGCGUAAACGAAAAUGUAGCAUCAAAUUCAGUGGUUGUAGAAUUUCUUUUUAUCAAAACGGCAACAUCUCAUUUCUCCCUCCAGCGCUAGACUCGCCCGUUUGUUUUGAUUGUAUUUACCCAGAAUGCUCUGUGCUGCAGUUCACUUCCUGCUUUUGGAGUGUAUGAAUUCAAACCACACCAGAGUUAAUUUCAACCAAACCGAGACCAAAGUUUGUAAGUUUGUCUGCAUUAGUUUGACAACACAUUCACGCCUCCCCAGACAAACUAGGGAUCUAUUAAACAGAGCUGCUGUGAACAAACCCUUAAAAUGCACUUUAGUUGUAGCUGCUCAAAUCCUUUUCGGCAGAAGUUUUUAAUGCCAGAGAAGAAGAGGAACCAACCGCACUGUUACUGAACUCUGAUAUCACUGUAUCAGAUGAAAAUCCUGAGUUACUUGAUUCAUAGUUUACUGAGCUGCAGCUGUUUCUGGGUCGUGACCGAUAACAAAAGAGUCUGUAAACUUGUAAUGCACAAUAAAGAUUAUAUUUUUAUA